UCGACCAAAUUCCCAGACACAUCUGGUUGCUUUGGUUAUUCUCCAAAAAUGAAUUCUGCAAAUGCCUGAGGCUAUAAAAGUAAGGCGAGGGGGCGAGAGAGAAGAUAGGUGAAGACAAGGGAGUGGGAAAGAUUGUAGAAGUACAGAGAAGAGCGAGAAAGAGAGGGAGGGGAGUUAAGAAAAUAAUCCCUGGCGGAACACAGUGAGUUAAACAGCAUAUUUCCAGGAAGAGAGGGAGUUAGCAGGGAGAAACAGAGAGAGGGAGACAGGGGAUAUUUUAACAGUCUCCUCAGAAAAAAAGGUCUGUGUGUUUAUCCACCAGCAGGUCACAGUAUGGCGCUGUUCCCGUUCUGCAAGCAGCCCUCAGGACCAGUCAGAAAAACCAGACUACAACUUGUCCUGUACUGUUUUCUCCUGUCUCUUAUCAUAUACUUCCUCCAAGGACGCAAAGCCUCUGUCAGGGUGGAGUCACCUCAUCCUUUCUUUCAUGCUUUAGGUGAGGACAGUGGUCAAGAAAUGGCAGACAUGACAGUUGUCAAGGCAGCAGCCCCUAAGACUCCUCAGGAGACACCAUGGGGUGCACCUUUGGUGUGGGGCAACACCCGUAACUCUGCUUGGCGUAGGGCUAAAUUCACUCAACGGGGAGUCCGUACCGGACUGUUGGUCCUCGUGGUGGGAACCUAUGCCCGGUUCAUCCAACGUUUUCUCUCUUCAGCUGAAACCCACUUUCUCCCAGGUCAGAUGGUCACCUACUACAUUCUCACAGACAAUCCCCGCUCUCUGGACCCCUCAAUGGAAUUAGGGCUUGAACGAGAGCUGAAGGUGGUUCCAGUUGCAGAGCUGCCAGGGUGGGACAGGUUGGCAUAUCGCCGAAUGGCCCUGCUUGUUGACGCCAUCAAAAACGAAAUCAGCAGCGAGGUUCAAUACCUCUUCUGCGCUGACAUCGAUCAGGAGUUUGUGGCCCCUGUGAGAGAAGAAAUCUUUGGAGACCUGGUUGCCACAUUGCACCCAGAGCUUUAUGGCAUGCCACAAAAUGCAUUCCCUUAUGAAGUGGAAGAAGCUUCAUCCGCUUGUGUGGAUGAUGAUGAAGGAGAUUACUACUACACCUCUGAGUUCUAUGGAGGGCUGGUUUCUGAGGUGCACAGGCUGGCUCAAGCCUGUUCUUUGCUCAUUCUGCAGGAUCAGGCCAAAGGGAUAAUGGCCAGGGGCCUGGAGGAGAGCUACCUGAACCGCUACCUGAUCGACCACAGGCCCACCUGUGUGCUUUCCCCAGAGUACAGCUGCUGGGACUCAGCCCUGACUGCUGAUGUGCCUGUGCAGAGGCUCGUCUCCUUGGGAAGGCAAUGUGAGGCAUCAGAUAUGAAGAUGAAAGCGCAGUACAGAUGUUGAGGGGACUACUGGCUGAAUCCACAAAUGAAUGGAUGUAGAUCGUAAUCCCACAUGAAUAACUAUGGCUUUAAGUAUUACAUAUCCUUUUAGAAAAGGUAUCUGUUCAAGAUCAUUGUGUUAUGACAGGGCAGGAAAUAAAAGGCAAUGAUGAAGACAAAGCACAAACUCCAAUCAUCUUUAUUCAAUUAAGAGUUCAGAGUUUCCAUUUCAUUUUCUCGUCCAUCAAUAAAUGUAAAUUGCGCUUUUUUGAAAAGGAAAAGUGCUCUCAAUUAAAGUCCCCUUUCU